UUUCUACAGUUGACCUCAGGGUGACGGAUCUACGCGUGUUACGUCUUCUAGGUACUUGUUCAUAUCACAAUCGCAAGACUAUCAUUCACUGAAUGAAAAACACAUAUUCUCUAGCAAGACUACGCUAACUCUCCCGGCAACAUGGCGGACGUCGACCCGGCCACUCUGCUCGAGUGGUUGCUAAUGGACCAAGGAGAGGAGCGUGACAUGCAGCAAAUCGCUCUCGAGCAGCUCUGUAUGUUGCUGCUGAUGUCGGACAACGUCGACCGUUGCUUUGAGAUGUGUCCACCCAGGACGUUCCUUCCUGCUCUCUGUAAGGUCUUUCUCGACGAACGAUGUCCGGAUAACGUUCUUGAGGUGACAGCUAGAGCAAUUACUUACUAUCUCGAUGUGUCGGGCGAAUGCGCUCGUCGCAUCGUGGCCAUCGAUGGUGCCAUGCGGGGUCUGUGUACUCGACUAGAGGCAGCCGACAUGUCACAAAGAGUCAGCCGGGAUUUGGCCGAGCAGUGCAUCAAAGUCUUAGAGCUUAUUUGUUCUCGCGACUCGGUGGCGAUUUUCGAGGCCGGCGGUCUCGCCUGUGUGUUGCAGUUUGUUCGUCACCAUGGCGAUCUGAUUCAUCGAGACACGCUGCAUUCGGCUAUGAGUGUCAUCUCGCGGUUGUGUAGUCGGGUGGAACCGGCUGACACGUCGAUGCCGGUUGUUGUGGAGUCGCUUUCUUUUCUCCUCAAACACGACGACCAGUUGGUGCGGGAGAGCUCGUUGAAAUGCUUGGCAACGGUUGCCGAACGCUACACUCGUCGUGGGACUGACCCGGCUCUUUUGGUCGAGGGAGGUCUCAUAGAUGAUUUGUUGUUCUGUUUAUCGUCGGUUGAUAGGAAUGAAAGUCAAGGUGGAACGGCAAACGUCAACGAGCAGACAUCGCUGGUCACCCUCAGUAUUAGUCUGCUUUCUAUUCUGUGUCGAGGAUCACCUCAUGUAACUCAUCGACUUUUACGAUCGAACCUUCCCGAAGCAUUAGAAAAGGCCUUCAAAGGCGACGAAAGGUGUAUAUUGGAUACAAUGCGGUUGGUGGACGUGCUGCUUGUCUUGAUGUGUGAAGGCAGACAUGCUCUUUCCAAGGUGUCUGCACGGUCGAUGUACAGCAGAGUGAAUGCUACAGGUCGAUUAGAGAGCAGUGGACCUGAUCGUUUUCAUCGCCAAGUUAUCGAUGCCGUCAGAAACAAAGACAUGGGAACGCUGAUAGAAGCAGUGGAACUAUUGGCCUUCGAUGUCAACUUUAUGGACGAUGUCGGACAGACGUUACUCAAUUGGGCAUCAGCAUUCGGGACUCUAGAAAUGGUGGAGUAUUUGUGUGAGCGUGGAGCUGACGUGAAUAGAGGACAGAGAUCAUCUUCAUUGCAUUAUGCUGCUUGUUUUGGACGGCCGGAUAUUGCGAAGUGUCUACUACGUUACGGUGCCAAUCCCGACUUAACGGACGAAGACGCCAAAACACCGUUGGACAAAGCCAAAGAGAGAAGCGACAAAGGCCACGAGGAUGUCGUCCGUAUCCUGGAGUCACCUGGAGAGUGGAUGGCACCAGUGAGUCCUCCCACAAGUAGUGACGAGGACUCUGAUGCUUCUGCUGACGACGACGUUGAGGCUGUUGCAAAGAGGCAAGUCACGCAGCCUCUGAUGUCGAGUGGCGAUAGUGGGUCGUCAGAUAUUGGUGCCAUGUCGGAUGUGAGGCUGGAUGACGAGGUAAAGGUCGUUAUUGCUGAGGGGACAACGAAAGGGAGCGACACGCGUGAAGUAACUCCUGCCGAUCAGAUUGAAAUCGGCGAGUUAGCAGCCAGUGAGGUCAAAAUCUUUCCUUUCGAAGACGAGGCGCGGCCGUCGGUCGAUGUCAACACAAUUUCAACUGUUGAAGAAGCAGCUCUACGAGACAGUGCAGAUCAAUUAGUGAAGGUAGGAAGUACAGUCGAGUCCACAAGUGAAAGUUCACAGGAAGUCGAAGCCACAAAUAAUAAGAAACAGGAAAGUGACGGCGAUGAAAAGACACUCGGUAACAAAGAGGAGAAACAAGACGAAGCCAAACCUGAAGCUUAUGACCAACAUGGCGAUCCGGAAAUGGCGCCAGUCUAUUUGAAACAUCUCCUUCCCAUCUUUACUCGCAUCCAUCAGACUACCAUUCUUCCCUCUGUCAAAAAAGCCAGUGUAGCUUUGAUUCGCAAGAUGGUUCAUUACGGGUCUGAAACGGUUCUGACUGAUGUAGCUCUCAUGUCGGCAUUUGGAUCAGAACUGAUGGAAGUGAUUGCAAACGUUCUUGAAAAGGAGGAUGAUGAUGACGGUCAUCAGGCUGUUCUCCAGUGCAUCUUCGAUCUCUUGACAAAAUGUCCGGAUGAAUUCACAGACCACAUGGCUCGUUUAGGAGUCGUUGAACGGAUCACUCAGUUAGCGGGUCCUCCACCAAAAGAAGAAACAGAAGAAAAAGCAGAUGAUGAUGUAGCUGCUCCACCACCUGCGCCGCUUCCUCCACCACCUCCACCAGCAGUUGAUGCCAAGGAAAUUCGUCCAGGUAGACCGUAUCAUUGGCAUGAUUGGUACAUAGUACGUGGACGUGACUGUCUUUAUCUAUGGAAUGAGUGGAGUGCCGUUGAGCUCUCAAAUGGCAGCAAUGGCUGGUUUAGAUUUCUUAUUGAUGGUCGUUUAUUGACUAUGUACUCCAGUGGUAGUCCAGAAGGUGGGUCAGAAGUAGGCAGUGGUUGUCCAGAAUUUCUAGAUAAAUUACAUCGUGCGCGCAGCUUUGCUCCAGCAGGUUUACCUACUGAGCCUGUUCUCUCUUCUUCUGACAGCAAGUUUAAGCUCGUUGUUGGUAACUGGUCUCUUCAUUGUUACCAAGACAAUGAGUUGACGGUCCAUAAUUCGGAUGGGCAUCAAGCAACGAUACUUCGUGAUGAACUGCAUGGUUUUGUAUUUGAAUCAAAUCGUGGAACGAGACAAACCUAUUUGGCUGACUCGCCCCUUGGUAGUGAAUUUGCUGCCAUCGUGAGUGAAAAACGAAGUGGGAAAGUGUUGAGGUCAAAGAGUGAAGUAUUGAAGCAGAAAGUCAAGAGUUUGGCUCGUGAAAUCUUAGACAAACAUCUUUCGAGUACAUCAGUUACGUUGCGUCGUGUCAUGGCAGAGCUUCAAGAGGUCACACGAAGAAUUACAGAAGCUCACCAAGACGAUAAAGAUGACAAACUGAGUGGAGCAUUGAGUGACUUGGCUGUAUUACUGCAAGAUGAGAAGACUGUUUCACCAUAUGAAGUACAAGCCAGUGGAUUAGUUUCAGUCCUCUUGCAGUUGUUAUCUCCAACGGGGAAAGUUGAUGACGUAAAAGAGACGUCUGCCGAAAUUGUUGUGAACAAACGAAGAGCUCUGUUUAUGUCUGCGUUCAACAAAAAAGACACAGAUGUAAACGAAGGAGAGCAGACAAGUGCCAGUUAUGCAGCAAGCGUUGGGCUCGUUCGGAAGCUUAUUGCCGUGUUGGAGUCGACCGAGAAACUGCCAGUGUAUCAAUAUGACUCUCCUGGAUGCGGUUUUGGGAUGCAGGCUUUGACUCGUCGCUUGCGUUUGCGCCUUGAGAUGAUGCCCAGCAGUUCUGGGCUAAUAGACUACACCGGACGUUCGUUGAAAGUUGAACCUCUAGUGUCCGUGUCGUCUCUUGAACGUCACCUUUUAAAAAUGGUGGCUAAGCAAUGGUACGACUACGAUCGAACGACAUUCGAAUUUAUUAAGAAGCUUCAACCGUCGAAUCGCUUGACGUUUAAACACACGCACGAUUUUGAUGAAAGCGGUAUUAUGUAUUGGGUAGGAACGAAUGCUAAGAACGAACCCGAGUGGGUGAACCCGGCAGCGUACGGCUUAGUGGCUGUAAGUUCGAGUGAAGGAAGAACUCUACCGUAUGGGAGACUGGAAGACAUCUUGAGUCGUGACUCGGCACCACGAAAUUGCCAUACCAACGAUGACAGAAAUGCUUGGUUUGCUAUUGAUAUUGGUUUGCUGGUUGUUCCGACGGCUUACACAUUGAGACAUGCCCGAGGAUAUGGCAGAUCUGCGUUGAGAAAUUGGCACUUCCAGGUGUCUAAAGAUGGUCAAACGUGGACAACAAUUAGAGAACACACCGAUGAUCGAUCUCUCAAUGAGCACGGAGCUACUGCUACGUUUGAUCUUGUCUCGUCAAGUGACGAAGGUUGGCGUCACUUUAGAAUCAAAAUUACCGGCAAGAACUCCAGCAAUCAGACGCAUUAUCUUUCUCUGUCUGGGUUUGAGUUGUAUGGCCAUGUCAUCGGUGCUUGUACUGAUCAGCUCGGAAAGGCUGCAAGGGAGAUGGAAAACGCACUGAGAAAACAGCGUCGUCUCCUCAAACAUCAGGUGAAGUCGCAGUUUACUGUCGGAGCUCACGUUGUACGAGGAAUCGACUGGAAAUGGCGCGAUCAAGAUGGAAAUCCACCAAGUGUUGGAACAAUCACCGGAGAAUUACACAACGGUUGGGUUGAUGUAACGUGGGAUCACGGUGGAGCUAACUCGUAUCGCAUGGGAGCAGAAGGUAAAUACGAUCUCAAACUAGCUCCGCCAGACAUGGUCAAGAAGACAGUAACGAAGUCAGAGUCCACGGCUAGCAGCAGAAGCACGAGCUGCAGUAGUCCUGGAAGUAUGAUAGGAAGUAGGGCUGCCAUACACGAGUCACUGGCUGCAGCUCUUCGUGCAGAAGCUGCUAUUGUGGAGAAGGUCUGUGCAGAAGCAGUCGUAGUGGAAACAGCACAAAAGGCAAAGGCGGUAGCAGAGUCUAAAGAUGCUACUGCCAAGGAAGUGUGUGAUGAAAAAGAGGAGUCAAAUGAUGAGAAUUUGGCAUCUGCAAAGUUAUCAGAAUCAGAAUCAUCAAAGGUUGAAGCGAAGGAGCAGAGGAAGAUACCCGAGGCAGCAGCAACAAUGAGGGACAAACUUCACAAAGAUCGGACUGCUUAUACUGUUGCAGAAAUGUUGGGGCUUGACCAUGAGACCGUCUUACAUCUGCUGGGAGAGCUACGGGGUUCUGGUAGUCACGAGGCAGCUGAACUGUGUGAACCAGUCAAUGAUGAUGAUGAUGAAGAAGACAUAGAUGAAGACGACUUUGACAAUGAAGACGAUGAUGGAGACAAUUGUGAAGAGGUGGAUGAAGAUGACGGACUUGGCAUUAGUCGACGGAAAUGGGAUGAUGAUUUUGUCUUGAAGGGACAGUUUGACGCUCUCUUGCCAGCCUUUGACCCACGUCCGGGUCGUACAAACGUUCCACAAACUCAAGACUUUGUGGUUCCUCCACCAGAUGCUCCAGAAAGUUCUUUUGAAGACACUCGACAUUCAUCUAUGCCUCUACAUCUUCAAUUAAGCAUCAAACUACCAGCUGGUGAAGGGGUGCCUGAGAGGGAAGAGUUGCUGGCUGAUGGAGACGCGAGUGUGUUCAAGUAUGUGCAGAAGGUUUGGGUUGCUCGUGGCAACACAGUGAAAUCAGACCAUCUUCGGCGUGUUUGGGAUUCAACAUACAUAUUGACUUACCGAGCUGUUGAAAACGGCAACGAUUUGAGCGGUUUGAACGACAUACACUGGGCUAAAUGGCCAGUCAAGUUUGUUGAAAAGCAUGUUGGCACGUCUCGGCUCCCUAAACUCGAUCUCAUAUCCUACCUUCAGUACUCGACUAACAAAACAUGGUUGAAACGCUGGAAACUGGCCGGAGCACCACGCAACAUACGAAAGAACAGGAACUGUCACCAGUUGAUUUCUGCAUACAAAGAUUUUUGCAGGUCGCCUGCUGCUACGGUUGGUGCUGCAAGUGCCGAGAUGCCUGUGUCACACAGUGAAGACACUUUAGAGCCACUUGAUGAUAUUUUGAGGCUGUUGAAGCUGUUGUAUGAUAUUGCUUGCGAUCCGAACGAGACGACAGAGGAUGGGAAGCCGCUUGAGUUUGAAGUUGAUCUGUCUGAAUUUCAUAGCAAGAAAUUGUCCAACAAGCUACUACAACAGAUACAGGAUCCUCUCGUUUUGACGAGUCGUGCACUGCCCGACUGGUUUGAAAGUUUGAUUGUCAAUAGCAAACUUCUUUUUCCGUUUGUUACCCGACGCCAGUUCUUUUGUGCAACUACGUUCGGCAGUUCAAGAUCUAUUGUGUGGCUUCAUGGCUUAAGAGAUGGCAACAUGGAUAUGAAUCGUGCAGUAGCUGCUCGUGGACGUGGGGAGGAGGCGAGUGAAUUUCGUCUUGGUAGACUAAAGCACGAACGAAUCAAAAUUCCAAGAGUUGAUCAGCUCCUUGAGUACGCGUGUAAUGCAAUGAGAGUGCAUGGAUCACGCAAGAGUGUGUUGGAAGUCGAGUUUGUAGAUGAAGAAGGCACGGGUCUGGGUCCAACGCUGGAGUUUUAUGCUCUUGUAGCAGCUGAACUACAGCGCCAUGAUUUGGGUUUGUGGGUGUGUGAUGAUGAUAUUCACGAUAUUGAUGGUGAAGAGCAGCAGUUAGAUUUGGGGCAGGGAGUCAAACCUGCAGGGUAUUAUGUUAGGCGCUCGUCUGGGUUGUUUCCUGCACCAUUGCCUCCUGAUUCUCCUGGUUUUGAGUGUCAGAUUAAGUUGUUUCGGUUUUUGGGCACUUUUAUUGCUCGUUGUCUUCAAGAUAAUCGUAUAGUAGACCUUCCACUGAGUAGGUCAUUCUUUAAGAUGUUGGUAGCGAUCCCUGUGGAGGACACCAAGCAUUCAAAGCUACGAAUAGACUCUGACAAUUCGUCGUUUAUUGGAUCACCAUCUCCUUCUGACAAGAACAAUCAGUUGGGCUUCCCACAAGUCGAUGAGAACGAGGAUCAGUCCAGUCGAGAGAAAACUGAAGAGGAUGUGAUUGCAAUAGAGAACCCUUUCAAUCAGGUUUUAGCAGCGAGUGUAGAAGAUAAUGAUCAACGACAUCAUAUACACAGCUGGUUCACCGGCAUUCUAAAUAAUGACGACUUCAUGGAGAUUAAUCCCAGUCGUGCUAAUUUUGUACAAGAGCUAAAGCAACUGGUGGAUGAGAGAGACACCAUUUUGAGCGACGAAUCACUUAGUAAAGAAGAAAAGCAGCAACGAGUUGAAGCUCUUCGGCUACAUCUUAGUGGACAGAAUAUUCAGCCAGUAAAUCUAGAAGACCUUUGUCUGGAUUUUCAAUUCAACCCAUCAUCAAAAUCUUAUGGAUAUUCCAGCUAUCCUUUGAAGACAGGAGGAGAAGAGACUGCAUUGAAGAUAGAAAAUGCAGAUACAUAUAUCGACUUGGUCACCGAUUUCUGUAUGAACAGUGGCAUCGUUGCACAGAUGGAAGCAUUUCGCGAUGGUUUCAAUGUUGUGUUUCCAAUGGAACGGCUGCAGAUGUUUACUGACGAAGAAUUGUGUCUUGUACUGUGUGGUGAACAUGUGCCUAAUUGGACGAGAGAUGACUUACUGCUUUACACUGAACCCAAGUAUGGAUAUAACAGAGAAAGUCAUGGGUAUCAGCUGUUUGUGGAUGUUCUAACUGAUAUGAAUUCUAACGAAAGGAAAGCAUUCCUUCAGUUUGCUACAGGCUGUUCUUCUCUCCCUCCUGGUGGUCUUGCAAACUUGCAUCCUCGUCUCACUGUCGUACGCAAAGAGAGAGAACACGCUGGAACUCUACCAUCGGUGAAUACUUGUGUUCAUUACCUCAAAUUACCUGAAUAUGAUACUGCAGACGAGCUGAAAAACAAGCUGAUGUCUGCGACCCUGGAGAAAGGAUUCCACUUGAACUAGAGUGGGUUUGAUAAUAUUGACAUGUAGAUUAGGAGAUGUUGAUAAAGAAUGGAUGUGAACUACUUUCGUUUUGAUUCAGACAUUAAAAUGUGCAUAUAUCA